AUGUCUCUGGAAAUGAGAAGUCAACAAGAAAAUACUCUUUUUAUCUAUACAUCUGAUAAAAAUCUAAAAUCUGUUGAUAUGCUGGGCUCAAUUGUCAAUGAUUUUGUUAAGCUAGAGGUUGAAAUCAAAGUUUUUUCAUAUGAUCACAAUGAAUACAUUUUUUUUGUUGCUCCUUUCCUCCUUCUUAUGGCCAAUAAUUCUAGACAUUUACAACUAGCUAUGCAUAAAAGCACAAACUCAAAGUAUUCAUAUAAUUGUCUAGUAGAAGUUUUCCACAGAGUUCCCCUUAGUUUUAUUAAAUAUUUAAUAGAUUACUUUAUAAAAGAAGUUCUCACUGUAGCAGAAAGGAAUAUACUUGAUAAUAUUAUUAUGUCUGGUAGAAAUCUGGAUGCAUAUUCCAGAAAGUUUCAAAAUAAUCUUCAGCAUUACAGGUCAUUUGUUGGCAGAGCUUACAAACAGCUUAUCCAAGCUCUACCAACAAUUAUCAGCAAACUAUUUUUUCAAUUGACUAUAUGUAUAAACAUAUUCUUUCAAUGUUUUAUUCACUUUGAACAACUAUGCUCACUUAUAUAUCUUUGCAGUAUUGAAUUGAACUACAAGCAAUAUAUAUACAUCUUCAGAGAUGCAUUAUCAAAAUUCACAGAUAUUUUAUAUAUACUGAAUAAACACUUGUGUCAAACUGAUGCAAAGUCCCGAUGUUCUCUCUCAGACCAAAGAUUCACCUCCUACAUUAUUUGCUUGACAAUGUUCAAUGAUUUGGAUGUCCACUUCAAUAUGAAAUAG